ACACAUCUAUUGUCUAAUUUGCCGCUCAAAUACACAACUAAAAUUUUGCUAUCGCCAUUCCGCACGUUGUUGGUGCCCAGUUGAGUCGAAAUUUAUUUACGGUGUGUAGUCUGACAGUCUGAGUCAAUGGAUUCCCAACGAAUUCGGUUAUCUGCUCUUGGUCGCGACGUGAAAGUCGGAAACCUUUACAACUACCAUUCCGACGCCAUUUCCAUUUGCAAUGUCCGAGUGCCCCAGGAAUCCAUAUUAAUCACCAAGAAAUUGACACCCGAAACAGAGUGGUUUCACCUGCCUCAAUCGAUCAGUUUGGAGUACGAAGCCCUAGGUAUCAAUGCGCACCUGUGGAUCAGCAUUCGUAACAAAAAGUCUGCGAACUUGGGUCAACUUUGGUUCGGCGAUUAUGUUGAAUUGGAUUUAAGUAAAGAAAAUGUUCGCGUCACUCAAGCUCGCUUCGUAGCUCAAGUCACUUUCUUUUUCCGAGUCUGCCGACGAAUCGAAGCUCUUUGUCCAAAAUUCAUCGACUCGAAACUCAACGAAUACCAGAUGGAAAGUGGUGGUGUAGCAACUCAUUUGGUGGAGCAGGUUGUCUACGGGGCCGAAUUUAUCUGUUGCCUACAAAGAACCAUCGACCGCCAGCACGAAACGAAGGAGAACGCGGAACGAAAUCUUUACUUGGCAGCCAAAGAAUACUUCAAUCAAGUAUUUGGUCUUAAUAACGCUAGUCCAGAUUUACCUGCAGCAUUAGACAAGGUUCAAUGUGAAAUCCUAAGCAGCCUCAAUCCUGGCCUCGUUUUAGAGGGAUCUUUCCAACAAUUCAUUCAAUAUCUCAUGGAUGCGAAGAGUUUUUAUAAGGAAGACGGUCAUUGGAAACCUAUUGAAAUUACUUUACGAAGCAUCCCGGAACAAAUGGAAUCUCGACUUCGGAUAGAGAGGGAUAUUGAUGCCAAGAUGAUAAGGAAAAUGCAUGACAUCAAGCUUGAACGGAUCUUGAAUGGAAAUGGCGCAUUGAAAGUUGCCCAUCUUAAAAUAUUUCCUCAAUUCCAAGACGUUAUGUACCAGUUCUGUUAUUUGCUGGAGCCCCUAAGGCAGAAAAUUAAGAAAUUUCACGAGACUACUCCCGAGCGAACACUUGAAGCCAGACAAAUCACCGACUUACUUCAUGGUAUGAUGGAUUGGCAGAUUCAUCGAAGUUCUGAAAUGGAGAAGAUUUUUUGGCUAAUCGAAGGCAUCCAAUUGAAAAUGUUGGAUAUGGCAGAGAUCGUGAUGCUUACGGCAACCAACAAACGAAAUCGAGCCAAAGUGUUUGUGUUGAGAGCCGAAUUCUAUCCAGUUCCACUAAUUGAGUCCAUUUAUGCAUAUAUUGGUAAUCCUUCGGCAAUAAGUGCCCCUCUUCCGGUCCUUCCGGUACUUUCAGCUGACAAAGAGCGCCUCCAAAAAAUUAGAGAAGAAUUACAGAAAUUUUCCGCAGAAGCGCAAUCGAAUUCUUUGCUGGAUCAAGAGGAGCUGCGACAUCGUUACUAUAUUGGAAUAACUUCUGAAUAUCCGCAUUUAACCGACGGUACAAUAACAACUUUUGGAGACUUCAAGAAAGAAAAUGAUUCCCCGAGGAAACAACAGCAAGUAGCUGGAAUUGAGCAAGAAAGAGGAUCAUUUUCAGGAUCUGAAGUAAAUCUUUCUACCCGUCUAUCCAGCAUGGAGCGGGCUAUGAGAGACGUCUCAAUCAAACUGAAAGACACUGUGGGUUUUGCAAUGCCGUCGGAGUCGAGCGCUGGAACGAAUCCUUCUAGCGAGCAAAGCAACAACUCGAUCGUUACGUCGCCGGAGUUGAGCACCGACACGGAAGCCGUUCGUCAUCAGUCGUCGAAAUCGCCUCAAAUGAAUUAGGCAAAUAGACUGAACCAACCGGAUUAAAAAAACCGACUGUUGAAGAAGAAGAAACGAAUUCGGGAUCUUCAGUCGACUGCAUUUAAACCCAUUGUACUGUAGGAGAGAAACUCGAUGAGAAUGAGAACUGCAUACGGCCGUUUUUUUCUGGAAGAGAUUAGCUAAUUUUCUGAUUUUGUUACGCUCUUUAUAUUUAAAAAUAAUACAUAAUUCAGGCAUUGCA